AGGGAGCUCGGUCACAUGUGGCGCGUCCAGCGGCAGCAGAAACGAAGAGCAGCUCGGUUCUCAACACUGUCGGUGUUCAGGAAGCAGAGACCCCCACCUCCCCACCUCCCCGCCCCCUCCUCCACCUCCUCCACCUCACCCGACCCCCCCAUUCCGCUUCCAGGCUCCUCCGGCUCCAGCCGCCGAUCGGUUGCGCUCUCCACAUAUGGUUCUCCUCCGGCACAUGUCCAUCGCCCUGACCGCCGCCGUGGCCGCCCUGGGCUCCGCGCUCUUCAUCGCCCUGAACUUCUUCUACAAGAGGCGGAUAUGGUCUCCACAGGCGGAAUACUGCACGAUCAAAGAGGAGGAGGAGGAGCGCGGCAAGCGCCAGGUCCUGGUCCUCGGUCUGGACGGGGCCGGGAAGAGCAGCAUGUUGCAGGGUUUGACUCCCGGGGAGUCGGCGGCUAAGAGGGGCCGCUGCCGGCCCACCCGCGGCUUCAACUUCAUGAGCCUCAACGCCCCCGCCUGUCAGCUGGACUUCCUGGAGAUCGGCGGCGGGGAGGACCUGCGGCGGUACUGGUCGGACUACCUGAGAAAGACUCACGUUCUGGUGUACGUGGUGGACUCCUCUGACAGGAGCCGCCUCCCAUUGGCGAAGGCCGAACUGCACCGCCUGCUGAGGGUGCAGCCCCAGCUGCCCGUGGUUGUCCUGGGAAACAAGCAGGAUAAGCCCAACGCUGUGAGCGUGUCGGAGCUGCAUGAAGCCUUGUCUCUGGACUCCGUGACCGAGGACAGGAAGCUGUUCCUCUUGGCCGCCCAGCUGGGCUCUGAUGAGACCCUGAGGAACUCCUGCCGGGGCCUGGACACCUUCCAGGACCUCCUGCUCCAGCUCGUCUGAUCUCAUCACCCCAACUCUAACCCCGCCCCCCACUCCCAGAGCAGAAAAGUCGGAUAUGGAGGGAUGGAAACAAAGCGAUGGCUUAAAGCAAUCUCCCUCCUCCUCUCCCUCCUCAUUGUUAAGGCUCUGGCGUAUUUGAGGCAGAGGAGGAGGAAGAGGAGGAUGUCGAAGGCUGCGGGAACCGUGGCAGAGAAAUCACUGAAGAAGAUGCCAAGAUGGAGCGCAAAGGCUCGCCGUGCCUCCUCGUCAUCCUCCUCGCCCCUUUUCCAACCACGUCAGUUUUGUUUUAGAAAAUCCUUCAUACUCAUCUCGUCGUACUGCUUUCCUCCGACUCGUCUUGCUCACCGGAGAAGAGGAGGUGCAGAGCGAGGAGGACAGGAAGGUUUGACUCACAACCACGAAGUUCAACUCCUGCCAACGAUUCAGGCUUCGGACUCGUCUGAAUGUCAAACUGUGACGAGGGUUUAUUUAAGCAUGUAGAUUACACUGUUCUUUAACGGGAAUGUGUCGCGUUCGUAGAUCCAUUUACAGAUAUCGUCUGGUUUGCUGUUUAGUAGGUCGUAUCCAGGGCUGCCAGGUCACACUGCACCAGCUCGGUGAUUUAACCCACUGGGUGUUUGGAAGAUACUCGCUGACUCCUACAAGUGGGCUUUUCUGAUAUCCAAGGGGAUUUAACCCCCCGCCCCCUGACAUUUAUUGGUGUUAUUUGUAUUGUUAACAUUCUCGUCAGGUUGUGAGAGAAAGUUUCUUCUCUUUUCCACGACUCUCCUCACGAGAAAGUAUUUUUAGCUCCUCCAUUUGAAAGCAAUUCCUCUUUGGUUGUGCGUUUAGUCCCAACAAAAACUACACAAAUUACAGAUACAUUUCUCACAUAUCAGCCAAAUAGGCAUCGGACUUCUUCCAACAGAACCAUGAACAGACAAUCAGGAGUCACACGAGUCGAAUGUUCAAAAGGAAGAAACCUCCCACAAUUAGAAGCUAAAGCACCUUUUUUGUCUGAAUCGCUGACCGUUAGCUUAUCUGGCUAAUCUUAUCUUCACUCCCAAUCCUGUUUGCUACAAAGUUAAUUCAAAGUAGCCUUGUUUCUAUUCACCUUACUGACUGCGUAUUUAGAAGCUUCAGGUGGCUUUUGCAGUUUUCGAAAGAAAAAAAAAAGUUGAUGCGCUAAAUUCGGAGGUAGCGAACAUUUCGCACCACUGAUCAACUGUUUUGCGCUUUCCCGCGUCUUGAACAUGGCCAAUACGAGCUGACGUGAAAGAACCGGUGAAACCUGCCCAGUUGAAAUUAAUUCUCUCGUGAAAAUUUUGAGUUAGAUGGCCAAGCCCGACUUGUUUUGUUUCCGGUUCGCGUUACGAAAAAUUUCGCGCUUGGCCUCGGUGGAAAAGUCGUAGCGGCUUUCCGAUAAAAGCGGAAUGCAACAAAGUGCUGUAGAAAAACGGUGUAACGGGUUUCCAAACUGGAGAAUUUGCGCCACCUACUGUUUUUUUCUCGAUUAACCAACUCCAAUAGCAGUAGUGCAGUGGUUCCCAAACUUGUUCUGUCAAGACCCCCUUUGAUGAUAUAGGAACAUUGGACGACCCCCCCCCGCAACCCGACCCCAAAUUUUUCUUGGUUUUUAAUGAAUUGCAUUAUAAUGCAUGAACUGUAUAAAUAAGUUCUAAAAUAAGUACAUAUCACUUCACAGUUUAUUCUUCAGUUUGUUUAACUGGGAAAAAAAAUAGAAAACUCAAGGUGCUUGUUAAUAUGUUCAGGGUGGUGGGUUUUCAGGUGUCUUUUUAAUUUAGUGGGCUUCAUGCUCUCUGCCGCCAGUAUUUUAAGACACAAAACCCACUGGGGUCUCUCAUCCUGACCGACAAUAGUGCUUGUGAAGCCCAGAGACAGAUAUGCCUCGCUAUAUUUCCUUGCCUUUACCUUAGUUUGAGGCGUUGUCGAGGUGGUCGCGUCGCCAGUUGCGGCUGUAACAGAAGUUCCAUCGGAUUUGCGCUUUAGACCAGUCACAAAUCUGUCCAUCUUUGUACAUACUUCCUUCUCUUAUCUUUAUCUCUCUCUCUCGCUCGCGCGCGCUCGCUCUCGCUGGUUUUGCCACAGUCGGUCUGUGACAUGAGCCGCUCUGGUGGCGUGGUUGGAACACAGUGCAUGUCACGUCGGUUAUUUUAUAUUGUUUUACCGGUGUAUGUGUGCGUCUGUGUCUGUGGGUUGGUGAUGGAAGCCGCGACCCCCCUGUAGUACCACCGCGCCCCCCCCUAGGGGUCGCGACCCCCACUUUGGGAACCACUGCAGUAGUGGAUGGAAACAAGCACACAUUUGGAUUUUUCUUUUACACAUUGUUUUAAAAAUUUGUAAUACAUUUGAUUGGAAACUUGGUUUCAGACCUGAGCUAGUACGCAGUGAAACACUUGAAUGUAUGAAUGCAGAAGUGAAGUGCUGUAUUUUAGUUAAAUCUACCUGUAAACAUUAACUGGAAUUAGCUAGAAUAUGAUUUUUAAUGCUGUGCAGCAAUGUUUUGCUUCUGACACACAAGUCUUUAAUGAAUGUGGAGUUUUAUUCCUUUUGAUGUACUGUAAUUCUGCAGUAAUGUCGUGACCAAGAGUUCAGUGGAUGUACAUUGUCAUUCUUGUUUUUAUGUGUCGUGUAAAUGGAACUGUUCAGGUAGGAAUUUAUGCAUGUUAUUAUGUUUCGUUAUUCUCUUUUAAACGUUAUUAACGUGUCGGCUGCAGUUUCUUAAACAGAAAGUGUUCAUUUGGGUUAUUCAGACUUAAAAGGGAACCGAUUUUACAUAUCAAAGUGUCUUUCCAGGUUGCUGGGUAAUACUACUGAGUAAUAUGGGUAAAAAGGAACAAGUAUGUAGUGUCUCCAGAGGGAGCUGUGUGAAGCCUGAUAAAUGUCCUCAAGUGAUGUCACUGGAGUCAGCGUCAUCUUUUGGAGAUGAGUUAGAAACAAGCGAGUUCAUCUCUGCUGCAGGCUAGAGCCUCGAUGCUACACUCAGAAGCUCUGAGUGAGCUGUUGGCGGUCGAGUUGCAUUAUGGGUAAUGUAGGCACCAGUUUUGUUUGUUUUUAUGAGGAAGAAGAAUGCAUGGAAUUUUUUUUUAAAUCGUGAGUUUUUUCGUGAGUCCAACAAUGUUUUAGGAGUGAGAUUUAACGUCAGUCUGUAAUGAAGUAGUGUAGCUAAAAAAAAAAAAGUAUCUUUAUCUUGUUAUCUCAUUAAGAUUCAAAUCUAUUUUGCAUGGAAGACCGGAUGGGGGCACAACUGGACAUACAUGGAGAGAAGACAAUAAACACAGUUAUGUACUC